AUGAAGGUUUUUCUUGUCAUCGUCGCUUUGGCGGCCAUUUCAAACUGCCAGGCCAAGAGUUUCUACUAUGAUGACCCGAGCACAGCCUGGGAGGAGUUCUUUGAAGAAUACAUGUCGGCGCUAAAUUUGAAAGCUGACGAAAUCGUGAAGAACAUCAAGACCUCCCAGAUCGGCAGAGAACUUGACACGCUGAUCCAAGACAGCGUCGCCGAGCUCACCGCGUACCGUUCCGACCUGGAGACCAAGCUAGCUCCGUACACUCGGGAAACAAUCGGGCGUCUGAGCGGAGAUCUACAAGGGGUGGCGGAACUCCUCCGUGAGCGUGUGAACAACGCCAGGGAGCAGAUGGACAACUACGGGCAGGAACUGCGGACCAUGGUGGAGCAGAACACGGAUGAUGUCAGACUGCGGGUCAGCACGUACGUACGCAAGAUGAAGAAACGCCUCAACAAGGAAGCUGCGGAUAUUCAAAAUCAAGUGACCACCUACCUGGAGAAAAUCCAAACCCGCACCUCCAACAACAUUGAGGACUUUAGGCAACUUGUGGAUCCCUACUACACUCAAGUGCGAGACAGCACCCAAGCUAAGAUCAGCAGCCUGAACGACCUGCUGAAGUCCCAAGUGGCGAACAUGAAAGAUGCCAUCGGGAGCACGGCCGACGCCGUCACCAAGCGCUAUGAGAAGACCUCGCAGGACAUCUACUCCACCGUGCAGGAAACGAUGGAGGACCUGGGCAGCUGGUUGCAGCCUUACGUCGCCAUGUUCAGUGACUAUUUGUGA